AAGUGGUUUCGUUGCUGUUUCGAGUUGCCUGUGGUUGAUUUCAGCAUUUCAGUCUAACAUUGUGUGUUUGAGUGAACUCUGUUUCUCGACUCUCAGGAUCCGUUCAGCUGAAUUAUUAGUUUGUCAUUUCCACAUAGACUUCAUCAUGAAUCACACACAAACACCCCGAGAUGAAGAUGUUUCUCCAGGAUGCAGUUCAAUUCAUCAGAAAAAAUCAGAACCAAAGCCCAGCUGUGUGUCUCUGAGGAGUGAUGAGUCUAUAGGUCAUCCACCAAAUCUCAGUUCAGUUCACCAGAAGAAAUCAGAAGCAGAGCCCAGCUGUGUGUCUAUGAGGAGUGACGCUUCUUUGGAUCAUCCAUUCGAUUCGUCAAAUUCUAAGAGUGAUGACACAAGGUCAAUCCUGCAACACAGAUCAGUAACAAAACCCUUCUGUAAGAAAUAUGACCAGUCUAUGAAUCAACCACAAGACAGCACGUAUCCUGGUGUGAGCCAUGAAGUCCUCAACAUGUUUAGAUUAAAUCUGAUGAAGAAGUUUGAGCGUCUGUAUGAGGGAACAGCGAUGCAGAGAAACCCAACACUGCUGAAUGAGAUCUACACAGAGCUCUACAUCACAGAGAGUGAGAGUGGAGAGGUCAGUAAUGAGCAUGAGGUGAGACAGAUUGAGACACAGUCCAGGAGAGCAGCAACAGAGGACACAGCCAUCAAAUGCAGUGAUAUCUUUACACCUUUACCUGGACAAGACAAAGCCAUUAGAACUGUGCUGACAAAGGGAGUCGCUGGCAUUGGAAAAACAGUCUCUGUGCAGAAGUUCAUCCUGGACUGGGCUGAAGGGAAAGAGAAUCAGGAUGUCCAGCUCAUAUUUCCACUUCCUUUCAGAGAAAUCAAUCUGAUGAAGGAAAAAACACUCAGUCUUUCAGAUCUUCUUUAUGUGUUUUUCCCUGAAACUAAAGAAAAGGAAAUAUGCAGUGAUGAAUAUAAAGUGUUGUUCAUCUUUGAUGGUCUGGAUGAGUGUCGUCUGUCUCUGGACUUUAAGAGUGAUGUGAAACUGUGUAAUAUAUCUGAAUCAGCCUCAGUGGAUGAGCUACUGAUGAACCUCAUUGUGGGGAAUCUGCUUCCCUCUGCUCUCAUCUGGAUCACCUCCAGACCAGCAGCAGCUGAUCUCGUCCCCUCUGAGUGUGUCCAUCGAGUGACAGAGGUACGAGGCUUCAAUGAGCCACAGAAGGAGGAAUACUUCAGGAAGAGAAUCAGUGAUCAGAGUCUGGCCAACAGGAUCAUCUCACACCUGAAGUCAUCAAGGAGCCUCUACAUCAUGUGCCACAUCCCAGUGUUCUGCUGGAUCUCAGCCGCUGUUCUGGAGAAGAUGUUGAGUCCAGCAGAGAGUGGACAGAUUCCCAAGACUCUCACUCAGAUGUACACACACUUCCUGAUCCUUCAGACCAACAUCAAACAUGAGAAGGACUAUGAGAAGAAGGUGACCGAUGAAGACAUGAUCCUCAAACUGGGGAAAGUGGCUUUUCAGCAGCUUGUGAAAGGAAACCUGAUCUUCUACGAGGAAGACCUGAGAGAGUGUGGCAUUGAUGUCACAGAAGCAUCAGUGUACUCAGGAUUGUGCACUCAGAUCUUCAGAGAGGAGUUUGGCUUGUAUCAGGGGAAAGUCUUCUGCUUUGUUCAUCUGAGCAUUCAGGAACAUCUAGCAGCUCUAUAUGUGCACCUCUCCUCUACAAACUACAACAGAAAUGUGAUUGACCAACUCACCAAACAGAGGUUGUGGUCUAAAAUGAAGUACUGGUUUCAACUCAGUUCAUCAGAACAUGUUUCAUUAUCUGAGCUGCAUCAGAGAGCUGUGGAUGAGGCUCUACAGAGUAAAAAUGGACAUCUGGAUCUUUUCCUGCGGUUCCUUCUGGGUUUCUCAGUAAAGUCUCAUCAGAUUCUCCUACAACGAAUACUGACACUGAAAAGAAGCAGCUCUGACAGCAAUGAGAAAACAGUUGAGUACAUCAAGAAGAAGAUCAGGACCAUUGACUCUCCAGAGAAAUACAUCAAUCUGUUCCACUGUCUGAAUGAACUGGGUGAUCGUUCACUAGUGGAGGAAAUACAACAGUAUCUGAAAUCUGGGAAUUUAAGUGAAGUCAAACUCUCUUCAUCUCAGUGGUCAGCUUUAGUUUUUGUGUUGUUGACAUCAGAAGAGGAAAUGAAUGAGUUUAAUUUUAGUAAAUUUCUUAAAGGGAAGAAUAAUCCUGAAAAUGUGAAAGUUCUUCAGAAGUUGCUACCUGUGAUUAAAGAAUCCAGAACAGUUCAGUUGAGUAAUUGUGGCGUCACAGAUGAAGGUUGUGCUGCUCUGGCUUCAGCUAUGAGAUCAAACCCCUCACACCUGAGACGCCUGAGUCUGUCUGAGAAUAAAUUAGGAGAUUCAGUGAAGCUGCUUUCUGAUGUACUACAGAAUCCUCACUGUAAACUAAAGAUACUGUGGUAA